AUGAACUAUAAUAAUAAUUCAAUUAAUUUAAAUAAUAAUUCAAAUAAUAAAGAACCUAUAAUUAAUGAUGACUUACGCAUAAGUCAAUAUAAUCCACAACAACAACAACAACAACAAACCCAACAAUUACAGCAACCACAAACACAACAGCAAUUACAACAAAUUAUGGAUUCAAAUAAUAAUAAUAAUACUGACCCUAAUAUUCCAAAUGAUUCAAAUAAUGAUACAGAUUCAACAAAAAUAAAUAUUUCUAAUUUUCAUGUUUAUACUGAAAAAAUAUUGUUUAUAACGGCAGAAAAGACUUUAAUUUCGCAAUGGAAAGAAGUUGCAUACAAUUUACCAGAGUCUGAACUUAAUGGAGAACCACUAAUGCUUACAAACUCUCUAUUGUAUUUAAAAGAUAAAGACCACUUUUUACAAUAUAUUCUCAGUAAAAAAAAGCAACUUAAAGUGCUAUCAUUCGAUUAUGACGUUCAAUCAAUUAUAAAUAUGUUGAAUGAUUAUGACUCAAGGAGAAUUUUGGAUAAUUUAAGUCUUUAUGAAAAUAAUCCAGCCUCAAUGAGGCUCUCUUUAAUUGAAGUAUUACUUUCCCCAAGUUUACUUUCAAAUCAAACAUUAAAGAAUAAAGUAUUUUUGGCAUUACAAAACCCUGAUAUAGACGAAUCGAUAAAGUAUAUUCUUGGGAAUUGCAGGACUCCAGGUAUUUAUCCAAUACUAAUGGGAAAAUUAGAUUCAUUAAAACAAUUGGUAUACAAUUAUGUCAAAGUUUAUAAUUAUCAUCAAAAGAUUGAAACAGAAUCCUUUCCAUCACUCGAACCAGUUUUAGAAAACUUAAUCGAUACAAUACAAAAACAUCAAAACAAUCAACCAAUUUCAAACUCAAUAUUCUCUGAUUGUAUUGAAGAUAUUUACAAUGCCUUACCAUUUUUUAUUGAAAAGUUUAGUUAUAACAGUUUAUCAGUUUUUUUAGUAAAUUAUCCAAGUUUUUUAAAAUUACUUUUCAAUGAUUUAAAAGAAUUCCAAAAAAGGCCAAAAUUAUUAAAACCAAUUUUAAGGACAUUAGAUAUUAUAUUUCUCUCAUUAGGAAAGAAUAUUUGGAAAUAUACCCAAGAUUUUAAUACAAUAUAUUAUUUACAAAUUAUUUUGGAUAUUUUAUCUAAAAACUACAAUUAUGAUGAGUAUUUUUUAUUCCUCAACAAAUUAAAAGAUUCAAUAUUAAAUUAUGGCGACGAAGAAAAUCAAAAAACUUUAAACAAUAUGGUUUUAGAUUUCCUCAGCAAAUUAUUUAUUGAAAAUUUUAAAUCAUUUCAACCAGACAUCCAAGAUUUUUUUAUGAGUGAUUCUGUAACAUUCUUAAAUUCAUUCUGUAUAGAACUAAGAAAUCGUUAUCAGUUUAUUUUAAACUCAAAUGAUGAAAAAGAUAUUAUUCAAGCAUCACAAAACAACUAUGAAUUCUGGCCAAGUUCAAUAUGGUGUACACUAUUACUUUUGAACCCAGCAAACAUCCCCCUUGGGAUCCACGAAACUAUUUUAAAGUCUCAUCAUAUACUCGGGUUAGCCAAUGUAAAUUUUUUACCAAGAAAAGCAAAGAAUGAAUAUUUAAAUUCAAAUCUUUACAAAUCAUUAACAGAAUAUCAAGAUUUAAUUCAACAAUACUUGACAAUGAUGAUCACGCACUAUUCAUCUGUCAAUAACAUCGUCUCAAAAGAAGGACUUAAUGUAUUAGACUCGCAACAAUUCCAACUCAGUAUUUUUUCAUUCUUAAUUUCACCAUCAACAAAAAUCAAUGAAGCUUUUAAAAAAUUAUUAUUAAAAAAAUACCCAAUCGAUUUUUUAAUUUCAAGUUUUACCGAAGCAAUUUUAAAGGACCCAACACUUACCCUAAGCGGUGCAGUAGGUGUUAUUAGAGAUUUGGUUGUAAAUUAUGGUAUAUUAAAUUGUUUAGAUUCUAUCAAUUUGGUUUUCUAUUUCAGCAAUCAUCUGUUGUUUUUAUUUAGAAAUGGAACAAUAGAAAAUCACUUUAGACCACUUUUAAUUGAUAUAAUCUGGCCACUAAUUGAUUUUUUACUUUCAAAAUAUAAAAAAAUACUAUCAAACAAUAUUGAAAUGGAGAUGGAAAUAAAAAAUGAAAAUGGUGUCAAUGAAUUCAACAAUGUUAUACAAGGCGAAAGAGUUAAAACAAUGUUUACACUUUUAAAUGACUCGUUUUCAUUUUUCUCCGAAAAUUCAAUGUACUGCUCCUGUAAAGAAUCUCUUCCAUCAUUCUUUCUUUCAUUAACUAAUAACGAUAGCUAUAUGUUUAACUCAAUUCAACAGUAUCCAAAUUACAUCAGAGAAAGCUUAAAGAUGAAUCAGAAUCUAUCGUUAUCAAUGCCAAUCAAUAUAAUACAAUUCCUACAAAGCUUUGACUUUUUUUGUUUCGAAAACUCAACCUCUUAUUAUUUUGAAGAAAACAUUGAAGGAAACAAUGGUACAACCCUAAAGCUUAAUGAUCCCUCAUUUUCAAUUAUUUCAAAAUACAACUCUUGGAUUGAAAAUUUACUUCAGUGGAAAUCUUUAGGUAUUGAUUCACAAUGGUUUAUUUCUCUUAUUUCGAUAUUAAAUGUUUUGGUCAAUAAAAAACUCAUAGAUAGUUCAAUUUUAUAUUUAAUUAAAAGAAUUAGUAAAAGUGAUAACAACUAUAGUAUGGGUCAAUUUACUACAAUUAUUAAUUUAGUUCAAGAGGCUAUAACAGCAAAGAAAAUACUUACUAUCAAUCCACAACUUUUAAAUACCUUUAAUACCAAAAAGAAUCUUGAUUAUGAAGAUGAUAUUGAUGAAAAUCAUGCAAUUAAUAACUUAGACACAGAUGACUCGAUUAGCAAUAGUAGCAAAGCAAGUAAUACAAGUACCAACAUUGAAGGUGAAGAAAGACAAAACAAUAAAAGAAAAUCCUUUGAUACAGAUCAAGAUAACAGUAAUAAUAUAAAAAAAAAUAAACUUGACAACAAUGAAGACAAUUUAAACAAAAAUGAAAAUACUGAAAGUUUAAACAUAGAAAUACCAAACCCCACACCAAACCCAAUGUCAAAUCCAAUACCCAACACAUACAAUCUUUCUCCGGACACAACUCCAACCACAACAGCAACAACCCUAUCUCCACCAAGUACCAAUACUACACCAAUAACUACAACCACUACAAUAAACUACCCAGCAGCCAUAAUUACUACUCCAACAAACAUUACCCCAAUGACGAGUCCAAUUCAACCCUCUCAGCUGAAUGAUAGUGACAACCAUAUACUAACACCAGCAAUAGCAAAUGCUAACGAUAUUAUGAUAAGUGAACCAAUUAAAUCAGAUCUUUCAUCAAUAUCAGAUAUUGGUUCAGAAACAUCAGAAGCAUCACAUAGUAUUGAUAUGGGUAGCAUUAAUAUUAAAACUAGUAGUGGUGAAGGCAAUUUAUUUGAAUUUUUAAAGUCAAGAGGAACAGGAGAAAGUGUGAAUACUAUGAAGGACUAUACACAUAUUUCAUUUGAAGGAUUUGUAAAAUUAUUUAAAACGAAAAAACCAUGGGCUCAAAAUGUAUCAAAAAUAAAAGAUCAAACCAAUGAAGACUAUUCAAUUAGAGACUCCUUCUCAAGCCAUGAUGAAUAUACCAACUACUAUGAACCAAUUUUAUGGGAAAGAUUAAAAGAAAGAAUUAUUAAAGGAACAGAAGACUCUGUCGAAAUAUUUACAACAUUACUAGGAUGUGAACCACAGUUUUUACUUUUUCAAACCGGUGAUACAAAGUGUCUUGACGAUUUUGAAAAUAGAAGUCUUGUUUUAAUCCGUUUUAACACCAAGUUCUCCUCAAUGAUUCAAUGCUUUGGUGUUGUCAAUGACAUCAACAAACAAAACAAAUUUAUCAAGAUUGAACCAUUUUUCGAUAUUGCAGAAAUCGAAAAGAACUCAAUGAAUGGUGACUUAUUUACUAUUCAAGCAGUUGCGCCAUUAAACGAAUAUUACAAAAGCUUCAACGCCCUUUUCACAAUAAAUAAUUCAAAAAUAUUCAAGAGCAUCAUAUCACCAUUCAAUAACAAUAGAACCGAUCCAAAACAAAAAAUAACUCUAAAGAAAAAUUUUAACAGCUCUCUUGGAAAAUAUUUUGAUUUUUAUCAAGUUAGUGCAAUAUCUGCAUCAUUACAAAACGAUGGUAUAAAUCUAAUCAGUGGAUUUGGUGGAAGUGGCAAAUCAACAUUACUUAUUCCUUUACUAUCAAUUUUUUCUGCCAACUGUCAAAAUAAAACUAGAAUUGUAGUAUGUCUCUAUUCAAUGAGUACAGUUGAAGAACUUACUGAAACACUACUCAGAGAUAACCUUUUCGAUAAAGAAUAUAAAAAAACAAAGGUAUCAGUUAUUAAAAAAAGAGGCUUCAAUAGUGAAUAUGACCUUUUUAGUUGCGGCAAAGCUGAAAUUUUGAUUAGCACCGUAAAUGUAACUCAAGACAUAUCCAUUCCAAAUGAUGGUAAUUCAAUUUUAAUUAUCGAUGAUGCAACCAAACACUUUGAACUCACUAGUAUUUGCCCACUCCUCAUUGCCAAUGUAAAUAAAGUUAUUCUAAUAGGUGAUAGAGAUGUAUAUCCAAAUGAUUUAAAUUUAUCACCAAUCAAAGAUGGUGUACCAGGUUCAAUUACAAACAACUCUUCUCUAUCACCAACAUCAUUACUAAAUAUUAGCUCUGACUCAAUAGACAGUAAUGGAAGUGGAUUCGUUUCGGCAUCAAUGCCAUAUACUGAUAGACAAAACUAUUUAAAUCAAACACUAUUCCAUCGUUUAAAAAAAUUAGGUUAUCCAUGCGCCUAUCUCAACUACCAACAUCGUAUAAAUCCUGUCAUAUCCCCCUUUUUUGAGGUCGAAUUUUAUGGAAACAAAAAAGAAUCAAAAGUUUUAACCAAUCCAAAAGCCACAGAGCUAUUAAAAGACCCAAAACUUGGCCCAUUUGUAUUUUAUGAUAUAAUCUAUUCAGAUAGUGUAAUUCACAGCCCAUUUAAAUCAUUCCACGAAAGCAAAACCAUUGGUUGUAUUAUAGAACUUUUGUUGGCCGAUCAAAUCAAAUCGCUCAAUUUAACAAUCGGUAUCAUUACCCCUUUUAGAAAACAAGUAAAAUCAAUAAGAGAGAACCUUCCAAGUGAAGAUAUUUUAAAGAAAAACAACAUUGAAAUUGGUACAAUUGACGAUUUCUCUGGUAAAGAAAAGGAUAUAAUAAUUUUUUCAUGUUGCAAAAAUCCACAAAUCGACUACUCCUACUUUCCAUGGGGCAGUGAUAUGAUAACACCUUUUCUUUCAAGUAAAAUCUCAACUAUAAUUGUUGGCCAUUACCCCUCUUUAGUUGUGUUACCAAUUUGGAGACAUGUUCAAAAAUUUAUUAAAUCAACCACUAUAAAAUCAUAUUUCAAAAUUAGUUCAAAAUCAAUCGAAAAAGGCUCUCUUUUACAAAAUGAAAAUUUAAAAUCAAGCUCUGAAACAACAGCUCCUGUAAACAAUUUAAACACCUCCAAAGAUAGUAAACCAAAAAGUGAAGUUAAAGACAAUAAAGAAAACAAUGAUAGAGAUACCAAAAGCAAUAGAGAUAGCAAUGAUAAAGAAAAUAGAACUAGCAGAGAUAAAGACUAUAUAAAUAGAGAUAGAGACAGAGACAGAGACCAUAAAGACUAUAGAGACUAUAGAGACUAUAGAGACCAUAGGGACCAUAGAGAUUAUAGAGAUUAUAGAGAUAGGGAAAGGGAUAGAGAUAGAGAUAGAGAUAGAGACAGGGAUAGAGAUAGAGAGAGAGAGAGAGAUAAAGAAUAUAGGGAAAGAGACAAGGACAAUCGAGAAUUUGAUAAAUUGGAAAAACCAGAAAGAUUAGAAAGAAAUAGAGAUAAAGAUAAAAUGUAUAAUAGAGAUUUAGAAAUUGAUGCUCGCGAAUUAAAAUCACGCCUAACUCCCAAACCCUCAACUCCAUAUGUUCAACCAUCGCACCUUGGUCCAAACGAUUUAAGAAUCACAAUCGAAAAUAGUAAAAAAAAUAACUUGAAUAUAUAA